GGUCCUGGCCUCCGGCGAUGCUACGGAAAUCGUCCUUGCGAACCGGGGCCCCUGCCCCAUUUAGCUUAUACCGAAGUGCGAUCCACGGGCGCGGCGCGUGUCCCCUCGAGAAGCCGGGUGCAUCCAGCGCCUAUAGAUAAACGGAGCCGAAUACAAUCAAUCCACUGCUCGCUCGAGAGAGCGAACCCAAGCCGCGCCUCUGAUUCCUACUUGCUUGCAAUGUCAGAGAAACGGCCCCCGGACCAGGACCAGGACGCGCACGCAUGCGCACCAAGCCUGAGGCCCCCGCUGGCGAACGCGACCCCGGAAUUCAACUCGAGCCGCUACACGCACACGCACACGCAGAUCCUCAGCCCCGAGCUCGCGGCCGCGCUCUCAGCGGGCCCGCAGCUGCGCGCGACGAGCUGGGCGGCGCUGCGGCUGUAUGGGGUGCUGGCGGUCUCCUUCAUGGGCUCGCUCAGUUUCGGAUUCGACAGCAGCGUGGUCAGCUCCGUCAAUGGCCUGAUCCAGUUCACAGAGUACUUUGGGCUGGAAGGCGGGGAUAUCGGCGGGGGACAGGGAAUCAUCACCGCUAUGCUAUACAGCAUCUUCUCGCUGGGGUGCAUCGCUGGAUGUUCCGUCGCCGCGCCCGUCGCUGACCGCUGGGGCCGCCGUAGAGGAAUGGUGAGGAUGCGACACACAGCUGCGGAAUGCUCGAUCGCUGACCCAGCCGCAGCUCGUCGCGAGCCUCAUCAUCCUCAUCGUGCGAAGGUCCCAUCCACAUCAAGUCCAACUGCUGACUACCAGAUGACGGGUAUGCUGCAGGGCGUCGCCGUCGUCACGGCUGCGCAGAGCCGCGCGUACCUCUUCGUCGGCCGUUUCUUCAUCGGGUUCGGGUCGUCGCUGAACAACGCUGCUGCGCCUGCGUAUGUCGCGGAGAUGUCCCCACCCCAGUGGCGCGGCCGUCUUGCUGGAAUAUAUAACACGUUCACGUUCGUUGGAUCCCUAACCUGCUCGGGUCUCGUCAUCGGCACGGGCCGCAUCAGCUCAAGUCUCUCCUGGCGGCUCCCGUUCGCCAUCCAACUCGUCCCGACGCUAAUCCUCCUCGUCGGGGUCUUCUUCAUUCCCGAGGCGAGUAACCCACAUCGUCUUCCCUCCAACCGAUCCAUCUCACCGCCCAGCGCACUGCACCAGUCCCCCCGCUGGCUCAUGUCCGUCGGCCGGCCGGGCGAGGCGCGCAGUGUUCUUGCCAAGUACCACGCCGCAGGGGACUCGGAUGCGCCGCUUGUCGUGCUUGAGUUCCGCGAGCUCGAGCAGUGCAUCGGGCCGGACCGCGCCGGCGCGCACCGUUGGUGGGACUACUCCGGCCUCGUCAAUUCGUGGGGCGCGCGGUACCGGACGCUACUCACGUCGUAUCUGGCGCUUUGCUGCCUGCUGUCUGGCACAGGCAUCUUACGCGCACUCCUCUUGACAGCUACUUCGUCACCGUGGCUUUCGACUUGGCUGGAGGCUCGUCAUUUCUUUUCUGACGACGAUGCGUCGAGGCUGACCCAGGCCGCAGUGGCAACCCAGAACGCCCGGCUCGUGUUUUCCUUCAUCAGCAUCGCCGUCGGCGCGGCUGGCGCGCUGAGCGGGGCGCUCAUCGCCGACCGAGUCGGCCGGCGGACACUCUGGCUGGCAGGCAGCACGGCAUGCACCGUCGUCCUCGUCCUCACCGCAGUCUUCAUCGCGCGCAAAAUCCACGCCGCGGCCGUGUCGUUCCUGGUCCUCUUCAGCUUCGCACUGAACAUGACGUACAUCCCCCUCCAGGGCAUGUACCCCGCCGAGUGCCUCGGCUACGCGCACAGAGCCAAGGGGCUCGCCCUAUUCGCGCUGAUCGAGAGCCUCGCGGCGCUCAUCAACAACUUCGCGGGGUCUGUCGCGUUCCAGCGGAUCGGCUGGCGCUACUUCCUCGUCCCCCUCGCGUUCAAUGCGGUGCAGAUCGUCGUCGUCUGGCUGUUCGCGGUCGAGACCAAGGGCCGCACGUUGGAGGAGCUGGAUUUGAUAUUCCAGGCGCCAGAUCCGGUCGCUGCUUCACUCAACAAGACGCGGCAGGCGUAUUGAACAUCGCCGGCGGAUGGGAUGUGCCUGCAUUAGUCCUUUUAUGUCGAAUUCUCGGCCCUUCAUUAUGCACACGAAUCGUUGAGGCGACCAAACCAUAAGUAAAGUAAUGAAUCCAGUAAACUACGGCACGACUCUUGACUGUCAAUUGCCUGAUUUGCUGCGUUCCGAAACGUCCUCACAAACAGUCUGAUCCUACAAGAUCUCAACAAAAAUCAACCCCCAAGGCGUCUCCGCGAAACGAACUGGUCCUCUGUCUUCUCCCCGCACAACACCAUCUGCCCCGGUCGAAUCGCCGCAUACCGUUUCGGGUCCGCACCGCAAGUGCAGUUCACCGGGGGCUCUAUCGUCCGUUCCGGCAAGAA